AUGAAACUAGUCUACUACACCACCUCCGUCCUCGUUCUUUUGAUUGCUAUGUUGCAUGUCAAUUUGGUUUCUAGCAGCCCGGUCACCGAUGAGGUUUCAACAAUCGGAUCCCAGGGCGAAACGCAAGGAAACACCAGAUUGAACCCAGAAGCGAGGCCGACUGAGAAACCACGUCGCCGGGCCGUAAAAACUCAUACUUAUGGAGGCAUAAAAGUAUUUCAAAAUAAGGGAUCUGGCAGCUCCACAACCCAAAAUUCACCACAUAAAGUCCCCCAAGAUCCGAGGAUCAAGAUUGACCAAAAUAAUGCCCGUGCUCGUCGACUGGCCCCCAACAAAUCGACCUGCCUCGGGUUUAUCAAGUGGUAA